AUGAGUGUGACCAACUCCUCUGCCCACCGAUCGGAGUGCAGCUUCCAGCAGACCUCUUCCUCCUCCUCAUCCUCCAACAACCCAUACAUGGAGAAGAGCAGGGGGCUUUUUGCAGAAGACUUUGGCUCUUUCAUGCGUCCUGAAACGGAUGUCUUGGGAUUUCCCAGUGAGUUGAUUUGACAUGAAUUCCCAAUUGUGGACCAGCAUUAUUAUAAUCGACUUAUUCCAUACAUACAGUAUCAAAUUCCAUUUCUGAGUGAAUUUGUCUGUGGAUAAUUCAUACUGUAGGAGAUGUUCUUGUAUGUUGGUUUGAACAUACAUGUACAUUAAAACCAAUCAUUCUAAAAGACAGAGGUGUGUUUGUGUCUCUGUGUCUGUGCCACGUACAUGUGUAUUGAUGUGUGUUGAUUGCCUGCUGAACUCUCUAUAAGGCUCUGAGCAAGUGCUUGAUCCGACGGCUUCGCAACAGGGCAAAGGGGAGGGAGGGUUGGUUGUUGGGUUGUAGCAGUAGGGCAGAGCAGGGUAUUUCAGUGCUGUGAUUAGUAUGCCCAUGCCUCCGGGAAAAGGAGGAGAUUGCUGGUGAUGGAGAGAGGACAGGGUAGGAUGGGAGGGGCUAGGGGGCGUCCACCCGUCGGGAAUAUUGGACACAGCCAACGCCGUGAUCUCACACAAAGAGAAUGACUGGGACGACGCCUGGGAGAUGACAGGCCAGACUGUUGCAUAGCAACCAGCAUACACACACACUGUGACACUGGGUGUCAUGUAGCCAAAUCAGACAUAUACCUGUAUGUUAAGUAAGAAUCACCCAGGCAUCUCACACAGUGGAAUGCUCAUUUCCAAUUUGAGGACACGCCUUCUAACAUCGCUUUUUUCUAAUCAACAGAGACGGUAGACAAGCCCAGCAGGGUUUCAUAUACUAGACAAACCUUUGGACUGUGUGUGAAUGUAUUGUGCAUAUACAUGUAUUUAAUGUGCAUAUAAGGUUAAGUAAGAGUUAUGAUCUUAGUUAUUAAGUAAGGAUAAGACUGACCUGACCUUAUCAAUUUAUUGCUACCCUAAUCACACAUCACCUCCGUCUGUAGAAAAUCUAUUUGUCUAUAGGUCAAGAAAGGCUAGCUCUCAGUAAGCACAUUACCUGCUGAAACUUCAAAAUGUCUUGGUUGUGUUUCUAGAUCAGACGAGGACAGCAGGGAAGAUCAAGACAAUGGGAGACAGCUACCAGUUCACAGUGGACGUCCAAGACUUCUCUCCAGAGGACGUCAUCGUCACCACCUCCAAUGACCAGAUCGAAGUCCACGCAAAAAGGUGGGCAAAACCCUUUUUUAGUGAAACUAAAUUCUCUAUGAUUUUGAGAACUCUAUCUAAAAUGUCUGAGAAAUGUAUGAGAUAUGCAGAAUAUCUUGGUCAUUUUCUCAUGUUUAUCAUCUCUUCAACAGUUGGCGGCGGACGGUACAGUGAUGAACACUUUUACCCACAAGUGCCAGCUGCCUGAGGAUGUGGACCCCACCUCUGUGACAUCAACAUUGGGCGCCGAGGGAACGCUUACAGUUAAGGCCCGCAGACACCCAUCCAAGCAUGAGCUCACACAUACCUUCCGCACUGAGAUCAAGAUCUAA